AUGCUGGCGCGGCAGGCCUGGCCCCAAGCCGUUGCCGCCGCGCUGUACAUACCGCUGCUGGACGGCAGGGUGGCCUCUGCUGACGACCCGCACCUGAAUGGGACCACCUUGGACGCGGCCUUGGCACCGGUGCUGCAGCUGCACGCCGCGGCAGAGGAGGGGGGCGGCUGCCUGCUGGACCUGGAGGUGGUGGUGGAGGUGCACUGCGACGCACACAGCGCCAGCCUGUACCCUGCCAACGCCGUCCGCAACCGAGCGCUGCGACUGGCGGAGACCGAGGCCGUCAUACUGCUCGACGCCGACUUUGUGCCCUCUGCCUCCAUGGCCGCCCGCAUGAGCGACCAGGGGUACAGUGCCGCCACACUGGGCCUGCUGCAGCAGCGCCUGGCGCUCGUGCUGCCCGCCUUCCAGACCGUGGGCGGCGGCGAGGAGGAUGCUGAGCUGGCGCUGCAGGUGGCUCGCAGCGGCAAGGCUGCGCUGCUGGAGCAGUGUGAGGUUGGGGAGCUGGAGUCGUUCCACUCGGGCCACUUUAGCAAGGGCCAUCGCGCCACCGACUUUGGGCGCUGGGCCACCGCCGCCAAUGUGUAUGAGGUUGAGUUCCAGACGGGGUUUGAACCUUACAUCCUGGUGCACCGCAAGCACGUGCCCUGGUAUGACGAGCGGUGCCGCGGCUACUUUGUCAACAAGCUGAUGCAUCGCGCCCACAUGGCCAGCCUGGGCAUCCGCUGGUUUGUGCACCCAGGCGGCUUUGUGCUGCACCUGCCGCACAAGCCGGCCGCCAUGAAGGGCAUCACUCGCGACAGCGGCCUCAAGGAUUUCAACAACCGGCUGUUUGCCAGGGCCAAUGCGCAGAUGCGGGCUGGCACCUACCUGCCCUUUGUGGCAGACCCCCAGCUGUGCUAUACCAGCAGCCUGUGGGACAGCUGA